UUCAACAAAUUUUUUGGAAAAAUUUAAAAAAAAAAACUUUAAAAUUUUAAAAAGUGAGGUGAGGAAAAAAGUGAUUUAAGUAGAAUGAAUUUUUAGUUGGGCGCUUGUUGGAAUUCGGAGCGAGUACCAAAUAUUUCAAAACUCAAUCAAAAUAGUGAAAGUGAAGAAGAGAAAAAUAAAGAAAAAUGCAUGUAAAAUAAGAGAGAGAGAGAGAAGUAAAUAAUGGGACGAGAUCAUGAAUUCUUGGAAGCAGCACGUAAUGGUAAUAUUGCUGUUGUUGAAAAAUUCCUUAACCAAAAAUCAAAAAAAAAUGGACCUUUAGCAAGUUUACGUCGUGGACCUGGUGUUAAUGUACAAGAUUCUAAUGGUUAUUCAGCGUUACAUCAUGCAGCUUUAAAUGGACACAUUGAUAUAGUAAAAUUAUUAUUAGCGCAUGAUGCAUCAGCUAAUUUACCAGAUUCUCGUGGCUCAUCACCAUUACAUUUAGCAGGAUGGGCUGGUCAUCAAGAAAUCGUUAAAAUAUUCUUAACACAUCCAUAUAAUCCUGCAAAUGUUAAUUUACAGACAAUAGAAAAAGAAACGCCAUUACAUUGUGCUGCACAAUAUGGUCAUACUGGUGCAUUAACAACAUUAUUAGCUCAUGGUGGGGAUCCAAAUAUGACAAAUUGCCGUAAUGAAACACCAUUAGAUUUAGCAGCACAAUAUGGACGUUUACAAGCUGUUCAAAUGUUAAUUCGUGCUCAUCCUGAAUUAUUACUACCAUAUAAAAAUUCAUUUCAUUCAUUAGAAAACAACGAAAAUAGUAGCUUUUGUAUAAAUAAAAUACAAAUUGGUGGUGGUGUUAGUGGUAAUAUAUGUAAUAGUAACAAUGGCUCUAUAAUUUCUAACGGAACUAGUAAUGUUAAUGGUGGUGGUAAUAAUAUUUGCAGCGGAGGUGGUUUCGGUGGUGGUUUUAGUGGAAAUAGCCGUUGUAAUUCAAGAUCAUCACAAGCAUCGUCUUCCUUUAAUACAGAUACAUCAUCAGGAAAUUAUAUUAAGAAUUCAAAUAUUGUAACAAAUACAUCAUUACAUCUUCAUACACAUACACCAUUACAUUUGGCAAGCCGAAACGGUCAUAAAAAUGUAGUUGAAGUUUUAUUAGCAGCCGGUAUUGAUGUUAAUAUUUUGACACCAUCUGGUACAGCAUUACAUGAGGCUGCAUUAUGUGGUAAAGAUAAUGUUGUUAGAACUUUAUUAGAUUCUGGAGCUGAUUUAGAUGCAACUGAUAGUGAAGGACGUACACCAUUAGAUAUACUAGAAGAAUUUCCACCACAUGUUACACGUAGUAUUGUAUCAGUGAUUAAUAACUAUAAAAAGUCGCUAACAUAUGACAGUGAAUCUGAUGAUGUACAUAGAUGUAAUCAAAAAUCAAGUAAUUAUAGUAAUAAUAUGAGUUAUAUGACAACCCCAAUGUCUUUAGGUAGCUCAUGUGAAACAAAUCGUAUUUCACCAAUACAAAAUUAUUCAAGUUCUCAUUAUGAUAUAACCACAAGUCCAUCAUCUUCAAUGGGAAGUUUAGGACCACCAUCACCAUCACCUAGAUUUCGUACAUCAAAUGACGACAUACCACCGCAAUUAUAUAAUACAAAAAGACAACCAACACGUUUGAGUGGUUAUCAUCAUACUAUUGGUACAACAAUACCAAUAACAACAACAUCACCAUCAUCAUCAACAACAAAUUUAAUAUGUAAACAACAAUCAAGAAAAUCUGCAGCACCAAAGAAACCCCCAAGACGAAAUUUAUCAAUGUCACCAACACGUUUAUUACCAUCAUCCUUAAAUAACACAUCAAAUUAUAUAACAGUAUCAAUUAAUGAUAAUUCAUCAGAUAGUAAUCAUACAUUAUCAUCAUCAUCAUCAAAAUUAUUACCGUCUAAUAGUAAUAAUUACAAUAAUUAUACAUCAUUUAAAGCAAAGGGAGCAACAUCACCAGCAACAACAAUAUCAACAAUAAAAACAACAACAACAAUGCCAUUAUCAACAAGUACAACAAUGAUAGCCUCAAUAAAUGGAAAAGAUAAAUUUCGAUCAUAUAGUGCUGAUCAAUGUAUUAAUAAUAUGUCAUCAUUAUCGAGUCGUUCCAAUAAUAGUAGAAUAUUUGAAUUAAAUAAUUUAUGUCAAACAUCAUCAUCAACAAAUUCAAUGAGAUUUUUUAAUUCGAGGGCAACACUUAAAUCAUAUAAUCCAAAUCGUAAAUUAAAAAGAAAUCGUGAUAGUUUUGAACGUUUUAAUAUAGAUUUUAAUAAAGACAAAGCAUAUAAAGAAGGUUUAAAGAAUUGCCCUCAAAGUCCCACAAAUUAUCAGCAACCGCCAACACCGGAACAUCCUCCUCCUACACCAUCACAAGCAGAAAGAUUUAUAUAUGAAAGAAUACGACCUUUAAAUCAAGAAUAUAAAAGAAGAUCUGCCCUUCUUAAUUCUUUAACUAUAGAAUCGGGUACUUCAACAUCUCAAGACGGCUUAUGUUCUUCAUUUAGGGCAUCAUCGGGAUCAAUUAGUUCGAGUGUUUCAAUAUCAGACCGUUCAAUGUCAACGGAUUGUGUUGAAGAAUAUGUUGAAGAUAUUCCUUUUGCUGGAUUAUUUAAAGGAUCAAUUAUGAAUUUGGAUAAUUCAUAUUUAUAUUAUUCAAACUCAAAUAAUCAAAUUGAAAAUAAUUAUAUAACUGAUCAAUAUUUAACAAAUAGAUGUGAACUACAAUUAACAUUACCAUCAUUAUUAACAAAACAUGGUCAAAGAUCUCACAGUUUUUCAGGAGUGUUAGAUCAAAAUAUAAGUGAUAAAGAUGAUGAUGAUGAUUAUGAUAUUAAUAAUGAAAAUCAAUUAAUGUAUUCAUAUUAUGGUAAUAAUAUUUAUCAUAAUGAUAAUAUUAUAAAUGAUUAUGAUAUUAUAGAUAAUAAUUGUCAUAUUAAUAUAGAUAAUAAUGAUAUUAAUUAUGAUUAUGAUGAUGAUAAUAUUAAUAAAAUAGAUAAUAAUGAUAAAAAUUAUUAUCAUAUUAAUAAAAAUCAAAAAAAGAAUAAAAGAACAGUAGAAAUUUCAUUAAAUAAUGAUGAAAAUAACACUAAUUUAAAUGAUAACAGUAAAGAUGAAGAAUGGUCUAAAAUAGCUGAAAUAAUGGAAUCAUUUGGUAGAGAUAAUAAUAGUAUAAAUAACACAACAACAGAUUUAUUAUCAAUUAAUAAUAAAAGAAGCCCUAAUAAGAAUUUACCGAAUUUUAAUAAUGAAAAUGAUAAUAGCGAAAUUGAUAAAAUAUUAAAUAUAAAUUUAAUAAAAAUGACAGCUACUACUAGUUCUAAUACUAAUUCUACUAUUAAUACUACUACUACUACUACUAAUGCAAUGAUAACUACUACAGGUUGUGAGAAUAAUCAAUUACAUAAUAUAUUAGCAAAUUGGAAUUUAUUACAUUUAGCAAAUAAAUUUAUUGAAAAUGGUUAUGAUAAUAUGAAAUUUAUGAAUGGUUUGAUUGAUGAAAAUGAUUUAUUGUUAAUGAAUAUACCAGUGAGUGAAUAUGAAACAAUCAUGGAUAUGAUAAAAACUUUACCAAAAAUUGAACCAUUGCCAAUUUUAUAUUCAAAUAAUAAUAAUAAUUCAAUAUUAACGGUGGAUCAAUGGUUAGAAAGUAUUGAUUUAAGUCAUUAUAAAGAAGAUUUCAGAAAGCAUUUAUAUACAAAUAUGGAAAUGGUAUGUCAAGUAUGGGAAGUUGAAUUGCAAACUGUUAUUGAAAUAAAAAAAUUAGGACAUAGAAAAAGAAUAUUAUAUUCAGUAUCAAGUAAUAGAAAACCGCCACCACCAAAAAAGGCUACAACAACAAUAAAUGAAAUAAGUUGUGAUUUAUAUAGUAUUAAUGCUCAAAAUAAUAUAAAUAUGAAUAUAAAAUUAGAUGAUAAUGAUAAAAUUCAACAAAAACAUGAUAUAACGAAAUCAUUGGAUAUUGCAACAACAACAACAUCAACAACAACAACGGCGUCAACAAUUACAACAUCAGUAGCAACACCAAUAUUAGCAUCAUUAACAAAAGUAGCGACUACAUUAGCAGCAACAACAACACAUUCUACCUCAAAUAAAUCUAAUGUUAAAAUAACAAAUACUACUAAUACUAAUAAAAACACAAUUGUAACAUCAACUGCCGGUAAUCCUCCUGCUUUAGUACAUCGUCACGGAAAUAGAAAAAAUCGACCAGCUCCAAAGCCACCAAUUAAACCAACAUCACCAUUAGAAAUUCGUGCUCCAUCUGAGCUUUUAUUAGGUCUUCCGAGUAAUUUGAAAACACAAUGGCGUCAUAAUGCAUCUGCUUUAGUCUGUAACACAGUAAAAUAUGAUGUUUAUUAUUUAGGAUCAACAAUUGUUAAAGAAUUACGUGGCACAGAAUCAACAAGAAAAAGCAUACAAAAAUUGAAACGCGAUAAUCGAAUUUUAUCUACUACCACGAAUCUUCGACAAGUACAAUUACAGCAGCAACAACAGCAAAAAUCGCAACAAGAACAACAACUGGAGCAAUUAGAAGAACAAAAAAAACAAAAUAAGCAACAACAGGAAGAACAAGAGGAACAACGACCCAAACAAGAACACCGAAAUAAUGCAGUAACAAAAACGAUACCAACAACAAAUACAACAUCAGAAACAAUACACGAAAAUGAAAUAAACACAUUGACAACAUCAACAAUUAAUGAAGAAAAUCGUUCAACUAAAAGACGCCCAAUUAGAUUACGAAUAUCAAAUCGUGGCGUUGAAUUUAUUGAUAUUGACACAGAGAAACUAAUAUGUGUCCAUGAAAUUAGAAAUAUUAAUUGUGCAUGCCAAGAUGCUGACGAUUUAAGUCAUUUUGCUUAUAUAACAAAAGAUUCAGACAACCAAACAUAUUAUUGUCAUGUAUUUAAUGUCAGUAGUAUGGAUCUUGCAACUGAAAUUAUUUUGACACUAGGUCAAGCAUUUGAAGUUGCAUAUCAAUUAGCAUUGCAAGGUACAAUCAGUUCACUAAAUUUGCAAACAUCAAAAUCUCACCAACAGCAACAAAAACAGCAGCAAAAACCGCAACAACAACAACAGCAAGAUAAAUGUAGCGGAAAUCAAGAGAAACUUAAAGAUCAAUGAAAUAAAGAAACUUAAAUUAAAUGAUUUGAAAUUAAAUAAUUUAUUCCUUUAAUUAAAUUAAAUUGAAUUUAUUAAAACAAAAAAAAAGUUAAUAAAUUUAUAUACAUACUUUUAUAUUGUUUAUUUCGAAAACAUUAUCAUGUAUUUUCCAAAAUUAUUAAAAUUAUUUUUGUUUUAAAAUAUCAUUUUGUAAAGUUUCCAAUUCAAAGUUAUGUAAUUAAAAAUAUCAGUAUAUUUACUAUUAAUGUUAGUUAUAACAAAUUACGAUAUAGGAUUACGAUUAGCUUUAAAAUUGCAAGAAUAUACUGAUUAUGAGUAGUGAAUUCCAAAUUAUGUAUAUAAAAAUUCAGUAUUAACGCAAUUAAGUCGUCGGCCUUGUAAUCACUAUAUUGCAUUAAUUACAUAACUUUCAAUCGAAAAUACACUAUUGACAUCAUUUUUACAUUUUAUAUAAUCUCGUAUGUAUGAUAUAAUUUUAUAUAACAGUUAAAUUAUUUUAUUAUAUAUCUUAUUAUAUAAAACUGUGAAAUAUUUUUAUUUGUUCCCAUUUUACUUUUUAAAUUUGAAAAUAUUGUUGUUUCUAUAUAUUAAAAAAUAAUAAUUUUUCUUUUUUUUGCACAUUUAAAAUUGUUGUUUUAUGAAAAUUUAUAUUUUUGUUGUUAUACUUUGUUAUAAUGUGUAAUAAGCCUUAACUGAUAUAAAAUACAUAAAAUCUUUUUAUAAAAAUUUUUUAAGAGUGGUGUUGUAAUUUAAAGCGGAGCUUACUAUUUCAAAAGGUACUAAAAUUUACUGUUGCAAACAACCCUGUUUUUUUUGCCAUGUUAUAAUUGAGAACGCAAAAAAAAAUACCUGAACCUUAUAUAUAUUCAUCCAAUGUUCUAGAAAAAAUUUUAAAUAAUGGUUAACUGAUAAUUCUAUCUCCGCAAUUGCAGAAAUUUUAAAAUUAUUAUCAAUUAAACUUUAUUUAAGAAUUUGCCCAUUCAAUUAAUAUUGAAUAACUGUAAUUUUGAAAGCCGGAAUGAAUAUCAUUUUAAUUUUAAUAAAAAUAUUCUAGAAAUUUGGAUGAAAAUUUUGUAAUUUUAAAAUAUGAACGUCUUGUAAAAAAUAUUUUUUUAUUUUUUUAAUGUUAUGAAAAUAUUGUUAUUUUUAAAAUAUUUAAAUAUCACAAUAUUAUAAAAAAAUUUUGUACCUUUCUAAAAGGGUUAGUGUCAAUGUCAUUGCAGAAACAAAAAGAAAAAUUAUUAUACAAUGCUGUUUAAUAAAAAAAAAAAGAUAACAAAAUGUAAAAAAAUAAAUCGAAUAUAAUUUUACUUAUGGUUGAUUAUUUAUACAUACAAUAUAAUGUGUAAUAUACACUGAUAUACAGGGUGAUUUGCAUAAGGUGACAAAUAAUUCAAAUAAUUUCAGGUAUGAUUUCUUUGAUCAAUUUCCAGCAAAAAAAUAUAUGGGUGGUUGAGAAGGGGAUGAUAGAACUAUGGCUCAAAUUUAAUUUAUUGUAAAAACGAAAAUAAAGAGCAAUCAAUCUCCUGUGAAAUCAGCUGCCGAUGGUAACUCUAUGUUGCUUGAUUCCGAAGUUAUAAGUAUUUUUACAUAUGCAGGAAAAAUCUGGUACUUUUUUUUCAACAACCUAUAGUAUAUCUGAAUCAUUCUGCCACCAAUACAAUUUUUGCUGGAAAUUGAUCAAAGAUACGUCCCUAAAAUUAUUUUCCACCUUAUGUGAAACACCCUGUAAACAUAUAUUAUAGAUAUAUAUAUACAUAUAUAUAUUAUAGAUAUACAUAUAUUACUGUUUAUUAAAGAAAAAAAAAAAGAACAAAUGUUGCUCUCAAUAAUGUUAUAUAAUUAAAGAUUUUCAGCUCUUUUAUGAAAUAUUUUUAUCCCUUACUUGAAAAUAAUAGUAUAAUUACCGUAUAACAUAGAUACGAUUCAAAUAUAUAUGUUCUGCAAUUUCUGCAAUUAUACAACUCAUAUAUAAAGUGAUGAAUUGUGUAUAAAAUACCGUAUAUUUUGCUUGUUAUUUUAAAAUCAGCGAACAUUUUAAUUACAUUAUAUCGAAAUAUGUAUAAUUAUUAAUAAUUUCUGAUAUGCACUGAUUUCAAACGAAUAGAACCAUAAAGUAUAAUGAAUUUAAUAUGAUGAAUUUCUUAAACUCGAAAAUCGAAAGUAAUUUUUAUAUAAUCUUUGUAAUACAUAUUUUAAAUUGCAUUCAAUUUAGUUUAAUAUUUAAUAAAUUAAUUUCCUUUGACUAGAAAAUAGAAGUAACAAGGUACUAAUAUGGUAUACGCAGCAACUAAAACUCAAAAGCUGACUCUUGUGUAUUUAUAAUACCUUUUACUACGGCAAUUUUGAACUCAGGAAUAGUUUUAUAUAUAUUUUUUUUACAACAAAAAAUUUACAUAUUUUUAAAUAAAUAGAAUAUAUAAAAUAAAUGUAUACAAUAUAUUUAUUUAUAAAUAUAUAUAUAUAUAUGUAUGUAAUAUUUAAAAUAAAAAGAAAAAACAAAACUCUCUAUACUGCCAUCUUUAAAUAAAAUUACAAAUAAAUUUAAAGAAAAAAAAUUUAAUAUAAAAUGAAAUAAAUAAAAAACACAAAAUCAUUUUUUAUCAUAAUUAAUAAAAUUACAAUUAAAUUUAAAAAUUUUGCAGUAAAAUAAUUCAAAAA